AUGCAUGUUCACAGUCUUUGGCGGCAUUGUCGUCGGUACGCGGAGAUUCUGCAUGAAAAGACCUUCUUGGUGGAGCACAAUGGCAAGGGAUUGUAUACAGGUGUAUCGCAAAAGAUUGCAGCGACACGCUACCACUCUCUAGCUGGUACACAAGAAAGCCUGCCUGCGUGUCUGGAACGCACAUCGUGGACUAAAAAUGGCAUCAUCAUGGGGUUCCGGCACAAGGAGUAUGCAAUGGAAGGAGUCCAGUAUCACCUAGAGAGUAUACUCUCAGAGGCUGGCAAAAUGCUCUUUGCCAACUUGUUGAAGCUAGAAGCCGGUACAUGGGCAAGCAACCCAGGCUUCAACGAUCCACGAACAGCGACGCGGGACAUUGCAGCAAGUAAGGCAACACCUGGCAGCACGCCUGCCGACUCGAAACGGCUUUUCAACUACGAAGUCAGUGCAGCACAAACAUUCAUUGCCAGCUCCAACAACCUCCGACUUGUUAUUGCAGUGGCGGUGGCGACAUAUGCCAUCAGGCCUAGGCAAGCCUUGCUGCGCCUGUCGAGCUACUCAUUGAGAAUCCAGUCCUGCUUGCUCUUAUCUGCAUCUUCAGCAUUGCAUUCCAUCUCGACGACGCCCUUCUCUAAACCUGUUUUUGUUGGGAUUCCUCAACAUCGACUCAAGGCCCCUGAAACACAAAUCCGCAAGUCAUCCAUCAAUCAACGCCGAGAGUAUGAGCUCAAGAUGCGCACGCGAAGGUUUACAGUGGCUGGCGCAAAGAGAUAUGCGUCGCCGGCUGUAAUUUCUCCGCAAGUCUGUCUCACUCAGCUGCAAAGUGUGAUUGCGAAUAAACACCGUGAGCUCACGAUGCUCAUGCAGCCGCCAUCGCAAUGA